AUGCAUUUUUGUAGUGCCAAUAAAGAGGGCAUCAGCAUCAUAGAAUCCUACAUCGGCGAUACGCCCCAUCAGAGCCUCCACAAUUUACUCACCACACUUUUGUCCUCGUCCCGCAUUGAGCGCUGUUUUGUUGUCAUCACCGAUGACACCUAUCAACCGCUGUACGAUGAGCAAUUCUUUCACAGCAAACGUCCGCCAUGCGCCUAUUAUUUCCUUAAAGUGCCACCGUGGGAGGACUUACUGGCACCAAAUUAUCAAACAGUGCGGGUGUUGAAGAAAAUACGCGCACACAAUUGUGAAUUUAUAUUCAUUACGCUGCUGAAUGGGCUACAGGUGCAACGUUUUCUUCGCUUCAUUGAGAAUCAUCGAAUACUGAACUUGCAACAGCGUUAUGUCUUGCUGCAGGACACACGACUCUUAACAGCCGAUAUGUGGUAUAUAUGGAGCAAUAUGAUAUCGACCAUUUUUGUGAAGCCAAUAGAGGGGCAAAGAUUUCUCUUGAGUACCAUUGCAUAUCCGGAAAUAUUGAACGGAUUAGUGGUGACGAAACGUCUAAUGCUAUGGGAAGUGGGUAAACGCAUAAAAAUCAAUCAUUUUUAUGAAGAUAGAACCUCAAAUUUGAAAGGCUAUUCCUUGCCCAUCGUUGUCUUCGAGCAUGUGCCCAUGGUCAAACGUGCUACAGAUAAUACCAGCUUUGUAGGACUUGAGGUGGAAAUUAUGAAGGCGCUGGGCAUUAAACUCAACUUUAAGCCUAAAUUCUAUGAGACUAACGACGCUGCUACGGCGCAUUGGGGCAAAAAGUUGCCAAAUGGCAGUUAUUCGGGUAUACUAGGCGAUAUGGUGCGUAUGUAUGGGUUAUAUAGUUUUAAUACACGAUGCAGCGAAACAAAGGUGGCACCUUCCACUACUGCUGAACAUUAA